AAUAUGCAGGGAGAAAAGCCGAAACGGAAGUCAGACUGAUCAACAACCUGAGUUACAACUCAGGCAAAACUUUACUGCAGUUACAACUGAUAAACUUUCUUUAAGUUAUUUUCCGAUACAGAUGCCGUAAUAAUAUGUGGCACAUUAUGGGGGAAGCAUUUUUCUGUUUCGGUGGAAGUUUUGUGCUCAAAGUCAGUGGCUAAUUUAGCCAUUUGGAGCAGCUUAGUUAGCUAACUUUUUGUCAGCUGACCCAGCAGUGUAAUAUGCCCAGGUAUUACUGCGUGCUUAAUAUUAACAAGGUUGCCGGUGUAGCUGGAUUGUCUGCUAGCUUUCGUUGACACGUCCUGCUGGGUUUUCUGUGGCGCUGAGAGAGCCCGGUUUGCAAUGCUCCUGCAGCUGCUCCCACCUGUGAACUAGCUGGAUCAUCUCCUGCUGUCCCCCGUCCGCAGUUGUCCGAUGGCUCACUGCGGCUCCUCCGAGUCCAGCUCAAAGGUUCAGGUACCUCGUCCGGACAGCGCCAUGCCGUCGCAGGGUAGCGUAGACCAGAGCAUGAAGCCGGUCCUGUUCGAGGUCUUCGGCGAAAUAUGGACCGUCCAGUCGCGACUCGGCCAGGGAGUCUCGGCCUCGGUGUACCGGGUCAGCUCAGGCAGAGCCACCACCGCCGCUGUCAAGGAGUUUCAGGCCGACACUCAGGGAGGAGACUACGGGUAUCGCAAGGAGAGGUCCGUGCUGGAAGACAUCCAGGGACAUAAAAACAUCGUGACGCUGUACGGGGUGUUCACCAACCACAGCUGUAUGGGUGUUGCCACGCGCUGUCUUCUGCUCGAGCUCUUGGAUGUCAGUGUGUCCGAGCUGUUGGUGAGAGGCAGCGGUGGUACCCAGGGUGGUAGACCCCAGCAGGGCCACUCCAUGUGGCUUGUCCAACACUGUGCCAGAGACAUCCUGGAGGCUCUCGCCUUCCUUCAUAGAGAAGGCUACGUCCAUGCUGACCUCAAGCCACGUAACAUUCUCUGGAGCGCUGAUGACGAGUGCUUCAAGCUCAUCGACUUCGGCCUCAGCUUCAAAGAGGGAAACCAGGAUGUCAAGUACAUCCAGACAGACGGGUAUCGCGCUCCAGAGGCUGAGUUUCAGAACAGCCUCGCUCAGGCUGGGGUGGAGGUGGAGGGAGACUCGGGCUGCACUGCCGCCGUGGACCUGUGGAGCCUGGGCAUCAUCCUGUUGGAGAUGUUCUCAGGAAUCAAACUUAAAGACACCGUCCGAUCACAGGAGUGGAAGGAUAACAGUGCCGCCAUUGUAGACCAUAUCUUUGCCAGCAACAGUCUGGUGUGCCCUGCCAUCCCUGUCUACCACCUCAGAGACCUUAUCAAAAGCAUGCUUCUCAAUGACCCAAAGCAGAGAUGCACAGCUGAAACCGCCCUCCUGAGCCCAUUCUUCAGUAUUCCUUUUGCUCCUCACAUUGAGGACCUGGUUCUGCUGCCCUCUCCUGUCCUGCGUCUGCUCAACCUCAUUGAUGACAGCCAUCUGCACAAUGAAGAAGAGUAUGAAGACAUCCUGGAGGACAUGAAAGAGGAGUGCCAGAAGUACGGCUCAGUGGUUUCUCUGCUCAUCCCCAAGGAGAACCCAGGGAAAGGACAGGUCUUUGUAGAGUAUGCCAACUCCAGCGACUCCAAAGAGGCUCAAAGGCUGCUGACAGGCCGCACCUUUGAUGGGAAGUUUGUUGUGGCCACCUUCUACCCUCUCAGCGCCUAUAAAAGAGGUUACUUGUACCAGACUGUGCAGUGAAGUGCUUAUGCUCAAUUUACACCUCUGCACUGUUCGCAUUAAAAAACACAACUGCAUAGAGCACCACAGGGGAGGAGUCAUGUUUUCCCUAUGAAUAUACAGCCAACACACAGUCAUGCGUGGUUGCCCUGCAGUUUGAGUUCAGAUGAUUCUGUUAUUAAUCAGUUGAAUAGUUGAAAGUUCUGCACAUUAUCCGUGUGUAAAUCUGUGCAGAGUGUAAAUUGAACUCGGCUGGGAGGGGGAAACGGCAACACUUUAUUUCUGCUGCCUCCAGUCUGUGCACUAUUAACAGUUCACAUCCUUGUGUUUCAAGUUGACCUGUAUCUAUCUCGUGUAAUAAGUCCAGGCCGGGGGUCUGUGGUGUGGGUACCACAGUUCCUGUUCUGACUUCCAUUUUCACUCCCAUUCGUUCAUAGAAAUUACCACACAGAAAGAAUGUGUAAUUGGGACAAGAAAAGUUGCUACAGCAAAAGCCUUUAUCAAAUGAUAGUGUAAAGUUUGAGUCUAUGCUCUACAUAACAUCUAAAUAGUUGCAUCUCUCUAGAUAGAUGAUUAGAUCUCAUCAGUUGAGUCAGGGAUGUGAUCAGAAACAUGUAGCAGGACACUGAACGAGAGUCUCUUUACUGCUCUCAGCUGAAGGUUUCCUGUGGUGAAAUUAGUGUCCUAUCCUGUUGUUAAAUAAGUAAUAAUAAGUAUUAUAUUAUUGUUGCCUGUUUGUUUUUGUUACUUUGAAUUUUAAUGAGAGGAAAUGGCAUGGUACAAGGGGAUAUACAGGUAUCCUCUGCUGGCUCCUCAGGUAAUAAUCAGGGACAGAUGGUUUGGGGUGACGCCUCCACCAGCUGGUAGUUGUCACUCACUCACUCACUCUCUGCCAUUAUCUGAGCAUGCUAAGGUCUCACAGUGUCCUGUAGCCUUAUGCUCUGUAGCUCUUUAUUUACAAAAGUCUACAUACUCAGAGGAUAUUUUAUUCACCAGUUUACUAUGCUCCCGUUUAUCAUGACGUAGAGGGAGUUUUGUGUUUUGACUGCAACACUGAAAUGGCACACGAACAAGUAAAUGUUUAUGAGUACAUGCUGAAAAUCAUAGGAGGGUUCAUCUGGCUUGCUUGGUUAGAAAAGUACAAACAUAUAAAAAAAAUCUCAAUUGUCCAAAAACCUUUUUCCAGUUGCAAAAUGAGUCUAUGAACAAAAAUAGCAGCAGCAGAAAUGUCUUGUAACUAAGUAACUAAAGCCAAGUACACUUAAUUUUACUUCAUAGUCACUGUGUAAUUUGAGUUAUUAUUAUUGAAAAUGCAGAUACAGUAGCCUGUGUACAUUCACAGGAGUAGUUUAAAGCCACUGUGUGAUGAACAUUUAUAGCGUCUUUCAUGGCUUAGGUUGUUUUGCAGGUUGCUUUUGCAAAUUUUUGCAUUGACAAUGCAAGGUGAAUACUGACUGUGCUAACUAGACAGAUUAGACAGAUAAUUGUCCUACAAUGUUCAAUGAGUCUUUCAGUUAGUUUGCAUGCGAACCAGUGGAUUGAUGGCCAGACUGCAAGCCUAACAUUGUAGCACGAUAUGGCCAAAGUGUCUGUUUUUGGAGUUCCCAAAAUACUGCCCAUGUUUCCUAAUUUUGUGACAAGGUAUUUUGAUUUAUGAAUCAAAAAUGUGACAGAAAUGUCUCAAAAUGUGCAGUCUUGUAGAGCCAAAUAUAUUAUAUAAUUAAUGUAUUAUAAAGUUAAAUUGGACAAUCAAGACAAUAAGACAGUCCAGGAAGAAUUACGUUUGAUAGCAGCGACAGUCAGCAAGCUUGGUAUUUUUACAGUGGAAUGUACUUUUUGUUGUAGAACCAGAUAUUCUUUUGUUUUCUGGGUUCUUAUUCUCUUGGUUCAAAAAUCCACUCUGUCACACUGAAACAUUAGAUGAUUUCUACAUAAGUGCCCUAUGACAUUCAAACUAGCUAACUAACCAAAAUGCUGCUAUAACAGCAGGUUGGCUACACCUGCAUGUGUCGUUCAUUAUGUAGCCCAAGCCAUUGCAGAUGCCUUAGAGAAUUAUUCCCUUCCAGCAAAUGUAGUCUGGCCAAGUAACCAAACCAGUCUUUGUUAGAGACAAUGAGCAGAGAUUUGUUUCAUUUUUUUUGUAUAGCUACUCAUUGCUCAUCUGGUUAAAGCCAGACUGUGUAACUUUUACUGAACAGAGACCAUUUGUGACCUGUGACAGUAAUGGUAUUUUGCCAACACUGGUAUUAGCUACAGUUACUGCUAAACUGAUGGUGUUGGCUAAAUGCUAAACUGCGAAAUGCUAAAAAGGUUUAUGGUUAAGCAUAAACUACUAUUUAGCACUUCAGUGUUGUUAACCAUUUAGCUAAAAUGCUAUGUACUUGUAACAGUCGCACAAUUGUAGAAGAGUCAUAAAGUUAGCAAACUGUUUUACAUGCAUAAUUAAUAGUUUGCUAAUACUAGCUAACAUUAGCCACCAUAAGCUACUGGUCGUGCACGACAGUGUACACUGCUGUAGCAGCAAAACCCCUAGUGUACUGAACUGAGCUUACUGCUCAUGGAUUCAACCUUACAUUUGAAAGAGGAAUACAUUGUAAUUUCUUCUCUAAAAGUUUCAUAGUCUUGCUUUAAAGUCUGGUGUUUGAAGAGCUGCUAGAACUGGAACUGGUUCACUCAUGUUAGAAAGAGCACAAAUGUCAAACCCCACACUGUGUAAAUGGGUACUGUGAUUUGAGCAUGUGAGACAAAUUGUUAUUCAUAUAAAAUAAGAAAAUAUUGUAAGCUUAUGGACAUAAAUCUUCCUCUGCCUGAGAACUAUUUUUAUCAAAUAAUGUGUUACUCUUUCCCCUGUUAGAAAAUAUGUUCAGAGUCAGAGGAAAGGUUGCAGUUUUGUCUGAUCUGAAGUACAACAAAAAACUAUUUUUCUACAAACGUUAUUGGAAUGCGUCUUCAAUGUCAAUUCUAAAGUUUCCACAGCAUCACUGGCCAAAAUAAAAUCCAUUUGAAACUUGAAGUAGACUCUAACCACUUGACUAUACAGCACUUUUAAAUGAGCAGUCUGUGGUACGAUGGUCAGUGUUGUUAGUUACUUGUAACCAGUGGUCCUUGAAUUAAAAACUAAAGAACACAUUUUCUUCUUCCUCAUCACAGUUUAUCAAGGACCUGGUGCAGAAAAUUCAUCUUUGAUAAUCUCAAGGUAUUCCUUUAAGCCAUUUGAAGUUUGAUUUGUCCUGGAUUUUCAUUUAUGCUAUCUUCUGUAUCUAUAGUUCAGCUGCUUGCCCAGUUUUGUGUAGCAGUAUUGCCGUAUGAUUAUUGACUAGGUCCCCUGCAAAAAUAAACUUACCACAGGUUUACUGUACCUUAUCAAAUAAAGAAUUUGGGCUGUACAUUCUGUGGCUUUCA